GUGGUGCAGGUUAUGGAUAAUGGACUAUGGACUUAUUGCCAAACCCCUGUACGAAGCCCAAAAAUCACAUGCCUUUGUUUGGGACAAACCACAGAAAGAGGCCUUCAAAAAUCUGAAGGAGGCGUUAACAAAAUCACCGGCACUGGGACUCCCAGAUUUGACAAAAGGUUUUCAAUUGUUUGUCCACGAAAGACAGAGGUUGGCAAUGGGAGUAUUAACUCAGAAACUCGGAAGCUGGAAAAGACCGGUGGGAUAUUUCUCAAAACACCUGGAUCCGGUGAGUACAGGAUGGCCCUCAUGCUUGAGGGCAGUAGCAGCAGCUGUCAUUUUGAUCCAAGAAGCUAGGAAAUUAACUUUGGGAAAACAUAUCGAUGUGUUUGUGCCACAUAUGGUAACCACUGUUCUAGAACAAAAAGGGGGGCAUUGGUUGUCCCCUAGCCGGAUGAUGAAAUAUCAGGCAAUCCUAAUGGAACAGGAUGAUAUAAACUUGAGAACUACUAAUCUGCUAAACCCAGCAGCUUUUCUAGGAACUGACCUAGAAGAAGGAACUCUUGAACAUGACUGCAUAGAAGUCAUCGAACAUACAUAUGCAACCAGAACGGACUUAAAGGAUGUACCUCUUGAACGACCAGACUGGGAACUCUUCACAGAUGGAAGCAGUUUUGUGGAGAACGGGACACGAUACGCAGGGUAUGCUGUGACAACGCAACAAGAGGUAGUCGAAGCCAAAGCACUGCCUCCUGGAACAUCGGCCCAAUGGGCAGAAUUAAUAGCUCUCACGAGAGCGUUGGAACUGAGCAAUGGCAAAAAGGUAAAUGUAUGGACAGACUCAAAAUAUGCAUUUGGUGUGGUACACAUUCAUGGAGCAUUAUGGAAAGAACGGGGACUUUUAUCCUCACAUGGGACUAACAUAAAGUAUCAAAAGGAAAUUUUAAAAUUAAUAAUUGCUGUGCAAAGACCUAAACAGGUAGCCAUCAUGCAUUGCAAGGCGCAUCAAGGAGGAACUUCAAAGAUAUCUGAAGGAAAUACAUUGGCAGAUCGGACGGCCCGACAAAUAGCCUGGAGGGUAUGGAACAUGAUGGCUUUGAUACCUCUGAAGGUAAGCCCGCUCCACACCUAUCUUCCAUAAAGUCCAAACUAUUCAAAAGAAGAUGAAAAGUUAGCAGGACUCUUAAAAGCCCAAAAGAACUCUGAAGGGUGGUAUGUAACAACAACAGGACAAGUAAUAGUGUCACCGACAAUAAUGCAGAAAAUUCUACAAACUGAACAUCAGAAAUGUCAUUGAGGUGCAGAAGCAUUGGUAACUUAUUUAAAACGAGGAAUAAUUUCCACACAGAUGUUAACUAUGGCAAAAGCAGUGGGAUCGAAAUGUGAAAUUUGUUUGAAAAACAA